AUGCCGCGCGCGCGCGCGGUCCCCCGCCGCGCGUGGCUCCUCGCGCUCCUCGCGCUCCUCGCCGCGCCGCCGUGCGACGCGCACUCGCGAAUCUUCCAAAUCACGAGACCGAACGCGGACCACUCCUCCCUCGAGGUCGUGGAAGACGGGCUCCGCAGGCUCGAACAGCUGGGGGACCGACGCGUCUCGCUCGUGUCCGUCGUCGGCGGCUUCCACACCGGAAAGUCCUUCCUGUGCAACGUCCUGAACGCCUCCACGUCCGGGUUCGAGCUCGGGCCGACGCACGAGUCCACGACGAUGGGCCUGUGGCUCGGGGAGACGGGCAUGAUCUCCGAGGUGGACGGCAGCGAGAUACUCCUCGUGGAUACGGAGGGCUUCAGCGCGGCGGGCGUGGCGGAGGCGUACGACGCGCAAGUCUUCGCGCUCGCGACGUUGCUCUCCUCACAUCUGCUGUACAACUCCGUGAAGCUGAUCACCGCCGCGGAGGUGGAGUACCUC